AUGGGUCAAAGACCGUCCUUUGCAUGGAGAAGCAUCUUGUAUGGAAGAGAAUUGAUGAUACAGGGUUUGGAAAAGAGGGUUUGCAAUGGGGCCUUAAUGUUUGUGUGGAUAGAUCCUUGGAUCGAGGAUAAUCGUCUCAGGGCUCCUUGGAGGAAAAACCAAUUUUUUGAUGUGGGACUUAAGAUCAAAGAUCUAAUUGAUCUACAAACAGGGUUUUGGGAUAAUGAGAUAUUGGAGGAGCUGUUCUUUCCUCAGGAUAUCAUCAGAAUUAAAGCCGUUAAACCGGUCAUUUCCCAGGAGGACUUUCAUAUUUGGAAACAUAACAAAAAUGGGGAUUUCUCGGUUAAAUCUGCCUAUUGGAUGGCUCAUCAAGUCAAAAGUAAGGAGCUGAUUCAAAUAGCAUCACUACAGUCGUCUACUCUUAAAUUAAAAAAACUGGUGUGGAAGUUGCAGACGGAUCCAAAAAUCAAGGUGUUCUUAUGGAAAUUACUUAGUGGAGCCAUCCCUGUAGCAGAAAGCUUGAAUGGAAGAGGGAUGACUGUGGAUGAAAACUACCAAGUUUGUGGAGAAAAGAGUGAAUCGAUAAAUCAUUUUCUGUUUCUUUGUCCUCUGUCUCGACAGGUGUGGGCGCUCUCAGAAUUUCCCUUUUCUCUGGAGGGAUUCCACUCUGGUUCUAUCUAUUCCAAUAUGUUCCAUCUUCUGGAAAAUAAGGAUAAUAAGGCGUGGCCCCCAGAGCUAAGAAAAAGUUUUCCUUGGAUAGUGUGGAGAAUAUGGACAAAUAGAAACUCUCUCACCUUUGAAGGAAAAUGCUUUAACGCAAGGGAGACAGUGGAAAAGAUUAGAGAGGAGGUUGCAGAAUGGUUUGAAGCCCAGUGUGUGGGGGAGGAAGGAGAGUCUCUCCUAAACCAAAUUCAAAGUGAGGGUCAAAGGAAUGAGGUGACUCAAACUGGUAGGUGGAAAAAACCUCCGGAGAAUUGGUUAAAAUGUAAUGUAGGCGCUUCUUGGUCAAGAAGGAACCAAAAUGCAGGUGGGGCUUGGGUGUUAAGAGAUGAUAGAGGUGUUGUCCUACUGCAUAGUAGAAGAUCUUUUGCCAACAUUCAUUCAAAAGGGGAUGCAAGUUUGAGAUGUUUGUUAUGGGCUUUUGAAAGUAUGGCUAGUCACAAGGUUGAUAAUGUCAUUUUUGCGCUUUCAGACAAAGAAUUGGUGGGUGCAGCAAUGAGACCAAGUGCUUGGCCGUCUUUUAAACCGCAAUCUGUGGCUAUAAAGAGAUCGCUUUUGCCUUUUGCCGCAUGA